AUGGGCAAGCCGACGGUUCUUUACAUUCAUGGAUACGUUGAGAAAGCGAGUGAUAACAGUGUCCUGACCGUGGUCAGGGCUUACCAGAGGCACGGAGGCUACAACCUGCUCGCUCUUGACUGGAGCAACCUGGCCUUUGGGAGCUACGUCAAUGUCGUACUGGGAUUGCAGAAGUUGGGCGAGGAGACUGGAGUGGCUUUAGCGAAGCUGCUCAAAGGCGGGCUGCCCAUCGACAAGUUGCAUCUCGUUGGACACUCCCUCGGCGCUCAUCUCGGCGGCAUCAGCUCUCGGUACCUUAUGUCCUUAGGCUUCAAGGUUCCGAGAUUGACCGGACUGGAUCCCGCUUACCCUGGGUUCUAUCCAGCCCUGUUCUCCAAGCCCUUAGAUCGUCACGACGCAAAGUUCGUGGACAUCAUCCACAGCGACGGCGGGGGCUUCGGAGCGCCCCUGGCUAUAGGGCAUGCGGACUUCUGGCCGAACCACGGCACCGCCAAGCAACCCGGAUGCCCGCCCCUCACUGUGCCCCUCACCAUCGAAGACUUCUGCAGCCAUUGGCGCUCGUGGCGGUUCUGGGCGGAGUCGGUGGAGGGGGGCCAGUUUUUGGCGCGGCGCUGCGACGGUUUCGACUCGUUCCUGCGCGGACGCUGUCGGGACGCAACCGCUGUGCCUAUGGGGCUAAACGCCACGCCAGACUUACGAGGCAACUUCUACCUAAGAACAGCUGCGGGACCGCCUUUCGCUUUAGGGGAAAGAGGUGCCGAC